GAAGUGUUUGUCCUUAACGCAUGCGCAGACGGAUCUUGCAGCUCAAACACCAAGAUGGCGGACUGAACGGCUGGAGCUGACCGAAAAAGUUUUUUUUUAAUUUACGACGUAGCAGCGAGAUAGAUUCUCAAAUGUUCACAUUUUCUUACGCCUGGGACACAAAACUUGAGUUUGGAGCGACGAAUUAUUACCUGAAGUGAGGAUUGAAGACGUGAUAGAAGAUGGACGACUACUGCUAUGCUAAGAUGGCGACGUCCGCUAAAAGAGAACAUGAAAGAGAAUCAGCGCCACCAACGGAGAUAAACACCAAAACUGCACAUGAAGAUGAGCGAGUUGAAGUCAUUUUGGAGGCUGUUAUAAGCCUUGAAAAGAGCGUCGGUGAGCGAUUAGCCGACUUUGUUGAAGAAUGUAAGGAAAGAGCCGCCAUGAUUGUUAGCUUGAAGAAGGCAGUUGAGUUCACAUCAGAGGAGAUGAAAGAAUGCAAAAGUCAAAUGAAGAAAGUGGAAGAGCAAAACAAGCGCUUGUGUAAAGAAAAUAAUGAUUUGAAAGAAGAGAUGUUGGGGAAGAGUAAGAGAUGUGCAGUGUGCGAAGAGAAGACUGGACCACAUGUCUACAUCAACGUGCAGAGGAUUGGAGACGUCGAGCAGCUGAUUGGUCAUCCUGAAAAACAUCCGCCUCAGCUGCAGGGGGGGAGCUCUACUUUGAAGCCGGACGCUUCACAGCCCCCCCACUUUAAAGAGGAAGAGGAGGAACUCUGCAUCACUCAGGAUGAAGAGUGUCUUCUAGAGCAGGAGGAGGUUGACCUCACCAAGUUGCCACCGCCUCUUCUCUCUGUGAAGACUGAAGAUGAUGAAGAGAAACCACAAUCCGACCACCUCUUAGCUCCACUAUCAGAUAGCGAGGCUAAAGACGAGGUUGAUGUAACUUUGAGCAGCGAUACAGACUGUGAAGGUGAUAUGAGGACUCACACUGACAACAAACACUCUGAAAGCUCUAAAAAGAAGACAUGUAAAAAUAUUUUGAGCUGUUUAGUUUGUGGUAUGAGAUGUACUACAAAGAGCCGUUUGACUGAACACAUGAGAAAACACACAGGAGAAAAACCAUUCCAAUGUACAGUUUGUUGCAAAAGCUUUUCUUAUAAUGGCAGUUUGACUCACCACAUGAAAACACACACGAGAGAGAAAAAAUUUCACUGUUCAGUUUGUGAUAAAAGCUUUUUUCAAAAGAACAGCUUGACUCAACACAUGGGAACGCACACGGGAGAAAAACCAUUCCAAUGUCCAGUUUGUUGCAAAAGCUUUAUUUAUAAUGGCAGUUUGUCUCACCACAUGAGAACACACACAGGGGAAAAAACAUUCAAGUGUUCAGUUUGUGGGCAAAACUUUUCUCACAAGAACAGUUUGACUCAACACAUGAGAAGACACACGGGAGAAAGACCUUUCGAUUGUUCAGUUUGUGGGCAAAACUUUCCUUACAAGAACAGCUUAAUUCAACACAUGAAAACGCAUACAGGAGAAAGACCAUUUGAUUGUUCCGUUUGCGGUAAAGGCUUUUCUGUCAAAAGCAAUUUGACUGUACACAUGAGAACACACACAGGAGAGAAGAUAUUUACUUGUCCAGUUUGUUGUAAAAGCUUUUCUCAAAAGGGCAAUUUGACCGACCACUUGAGAACGCACACUGGAGAAAGACCAUUAAGUUGUUCAUUUUGCAGUAAAAGCUUUUCUAACAGACACUGUUUGAGUCGACACGAAAUGAAACAUACGGAAGAAAGUCUAUUCAACUGUUCGUUUUGUGGCCGAAGCUAUACUCAAAGGAGAUAUUUGCUUGCUCACCUGAAAACACACCGUAGAAAACACAUCUAGUUGGCCGAUGUAAUAUUACGCACAGUUUGAAUGGUAACAUUGUAUUUAAGUAUGGGAAAAUAAAACACUAAUCACCUAAUAAAGUAAAUAUUUGGUGUACUAGUGGUACAUGUACAACAGUUUGACAAUCACUGGUCGAAUCACAUGAGAACACACAUACAGAGAAAAACUGUUUGUUUGCUCAGUUUGUGGUCAAACAUUUUAUCGGAGAGACGUCGUCGUCGUCUGCGCUCAGAAAGUCUGCCAUGAUUUGUUGCAGCAAUCACAGAACACUCUUGAUGCUGUUGAUGGAAGUAGCGUGAAGUUGCUAUGCGCUCUGAGAAAUCAAUGCACCCAGGAAGUCAUUUGCUGACAGAAAAGGCUUAAAAUGACCCAAAAACUGUAAUAAUUACAUGAUAUUAUUACAUGUUUAGGAUUUGCCUGUCACUGAUUGUAUAUACAAUAUUGUUGAUGCUUUUAGAUGUUUUUUGAAGGCUUUAUAGAUAAAAAAAAUAAAAAAAAAGAUGACUCCCCAUUACCUGCGCUGUUAGCUGCCUCAUGCUAAUGGGUUUUGAUUAUUUAGAGCACACAGAAUAUGGAAAGGCGUGUGUGCUUCUCACACAUGAGAUUUGUGAAUGAUUGCAAAAUUCUCCCCCAAAAAGUUCAGUGUUAUUUAACUCAAAGGAAGACAGUCUUAUUUCAUCAGUCACUUUAAUAACAGUCAAGUGAGAGCUCAAAUUCAAAGACCGGCAACACAUGUUUGGCCUUCACAAUAAAAGCGGUGUACUGACAAGACUGCAAGUCAAAGCAUUUAGUAAGUUUAUAAUUGUAUUAUUCAGAAGUAAGAAUACAUGUAUAAUAAAACUGAUACAGACUAAUGUAUUGUGGGUUUUUUUAAUACAUGAAAAGACACCUUAA